CCCUUCCCACUCUACUUUUUACAGAAGUUAUAACUAUCCAAAACUUUAGAUCUGUGGUGGUUUGAGGUAGAAACGUCUCCCAUAGACUCUAGACUCAGGUAUUUGAACACUUGCUCCCCUGUUGGGGAAGCUGUGAAUCUUUAGGAGGUGGAGCCUUGUGGGAGGGAGUAUAUCACAGGGGUCAGUUUUGAGAGUUGUAGACUUACCUCACUUCCAGGCACUGCAUCCUGCUUCAUGCAUUUGGAUGAGGAUGUGAUCUCCCAGCUUCUCGCCCCAGCCACCUGCCCUCGUGCCCCACCACCUAUAAAACAAAACAACCCCCAAACAAAAACAAACAAAACAAGGCCUCCAUCUAUAAAUUGUCUCACUCGUGGUAUUUUUAUCACAGCAACAGCAAAGUAGCUAAUGUAAGCACCAUGUUUACAUAAACCCAUGGGAUUUACAUUUUAGUGGAAUCAGAUAAAACACUUGUAUGUAGAAAAGCAAAGAGAGAUCAGAGACACAAACGGUAUUGCCUGAGCAUAGCUUUGAAUGGGGUGAGGGAAUGACUUGUAUGGAUGCCUGCAGGGACAGACUAGCUAAGGGGAGGAGCAGAUGGGAAGUGAUUAUAGUGCUGUAAAAUGACAAGAGCUUAUCCCCAUGGCUGAGGGGACAGAGGUAGAGACAACCCAGAGUUGAGUGGCUACAUUGCUCAGGUCAUGGUUAAGGACUGCCUUGGAUCUGAGUGAGAUGGGAAGUUCAAGCAGAGGAGUAACAUGACCACUCUUCAAAGGAUCAUUCUGACUGCUGGAACCUGGAGUGUGUGGAACAAAUAUGGACACCUCCAAGGUGUGGAUCUCCUUGUGUGUUGGAUUCCUGGGGCUGUGUUCUGUGCUAAUAGGAAGCUGCAUAAUCUUUCUGCACUGGAAGAAGAACUUGCAAAGAGAAGAACGUGCCCAGCAGUGGGUGGAAGUGAUGAGAGCUGCCACAUUCACCUACAGCCCACUGUUGUACUGGAUAAACAAGCGGCGUUACCAUGGCAUGAAUGUAGUCAUUAACACAGGCCCUCCCCCUGCUGUCACCACGACUAAGCCGGAAGUUCAGAAUCCAGAAUCUUUGUGGGAGUUGGAUAUCUCAGAAGGCAGGAACUACGCUCUACAAGACAGCAGUCCCGGAGGUGAAGCCUCUGGUCUCUUGCAACAUGUUUUGGCAGUUCCAAAGCAGCCCCUGUCUUCAGCAAUGCCACAGCCUCGGACUGACUCCCCAUUCCCACUUCCCAUCUUUCAGGAGGUGCCCUUUGCCCUAUCUCUCUGCCACCUGCCUCCCAUGUUGAACCACUCUGUCUCCUACCCUUUGGCCAACAGUCCUGAAAGGAAUGUUCAUUUCCGUUCCCUCCCAACACUAGCCCAUGGAACAAACUGCUUUAAUGCCAAGCCUUUUGCUUCGGAGCUGUAGUUCCCUCUUAUUGAGGGUGGAAGCUGCAAGCACCAAAGGCUGCCUUUGGUAGAAAACAGAGAUAACCUCAAGGAGUUGCUAUUGACAAGGAGGUCAGAGCCACCUGGUGAGAGGUUUAAAGCCACAGACUUAAAAAAAAAUAAAGUCCAAGUUUCUCCUCUGUCUCAUUU